AAGCACAAUAUAUAGAUUUGAAAUACUUCUAUCUGUGGUCAGUGGUUCUAGAAGGGUGCCGCUAGGGUUACAGUUUAGAAUCAACCAGAUUAUCACGACGUUUAAAAUUCUGCGUCAUGGCCUACAUCCAUUAUAUGAAUAAAAGGGGUUGAAGCGGUGGGGAGGAGGAAGAGAAGCCGUGGGUUGAUUUGAUAAUGGCGGAGAAGGGCAGAGUGUGUGUGACAGGCGCAGGAGGGUACAUUGCUUCAUGGGUCGUUAAGCUUCUUCUCUCCAAGGGCUACAUUGUCCAUGGAACUGUUAGAGAUCCCAGUGAUGAAAAGAAUGCUCAUUUGAAGAAACUUGAGAAAGCAUCUGAGAACCUGAAACUCUUUAAGGCAGACUUGCUGGAGUACGGAGCUCUUUGUUCUGCCUUUGAAGGAUGUGAUGGAGUGUUCCAUACUGCCAGUCCCGUCCCCCCUACAACUGUAGCAAAUCCCGAGGUAGAAUUAAUGGAGCCUGCUGUGAAGGGCACUCUUAAUGUACUUAAGGCAUGUGCUGAAGCAAAAGUUAAACGGGUUGUUGUUGUGUCCUCUGGAGCUUCUGUUAUCAUGAAUCCUAGGUGGCCCAAGGGUAAAGUAAUGGACGAGACUUGCUGGUCUGAUAAAGAAUAUUGCCGGGCAACUAAGAAUUGGUAUUGUCUUUCUAAAACAGAAGCAGAAAGUGUGGCCUUUGAGUAUGCGAAAACAAGUGGGCUUGAUGUUGUGACGGUUUGCCCUACCCUCGUUCUAGGGCCAAUCCUGCAGUCCACUAUCAAUGCAAGUAGUUUGGUCCUCAUUAAAAUUUUGAAAGAAGGAUACGAGACACUGGAAAACAAGUUUCGGAUGAUUGUAGAUGUACGCGAUGUUGCUGAUGCUCUACUUAUCACAUAUGAGAAGCCUGAAGCUGAAGGAAGAUACAUAUGCACAGCACACAUGAUCAAGGCGCGGGAUUUGGUGGAGAAGCUAAGGAGCAUUUAUCCCAACUACAAUUAUCCGAAGAAUUUUACAGAGGUAGAGGAAGUGGAAAAUCUGAGCUCAGAGAAACUGCAGAAGUUGGGAUGGAGUUACAGGCCCCUGGAAGAAUCCCUAGUCGACUCCAUCAAAAGCUACAAGGAGGCUGGCAUCUUGGAUUAGAAAUAAUUGACAGAAGGCCUUCUGGCUUAGGCAAUAUCGAUGAUUCCCAACUAUUCUUGCCUAGGAAUUCCCCUUUACAUUGCAGUUCUGGAUCAUAGAUACUAGUAGUACUGUUCUGUUGUUUAUCUUAUUGCCCACUUGAUAUUAUAUAAAAAUUGUAACCUUGGAAAGGAGGUGAAGAUGGUGGAUUUUGAUGGUUUGGACCUUU